CGUCUCACUUUCUUAUCCUCUCUUUUCCCGUCUCAGGUACGAUUCCGUGAUACGCGUCUCUCUACUUCCGGCCGAAAAGUGAAUUCCCAGGCGAGACGGGUCUCCGCCGCAGGCGAGGCAGUGCCAGUUGGUCGUUCCGAGCGAGGAUACACGGCUCGGGGGUGUCGUCGGGAAGGUGCGCGCGAGCAGCCAGGGCUCCGGUGAGGAGCAGGCGCGAGCGCGAGCGCGAGCGGGAGCGCGAGUGCCGCAGGUGCUCCGGAAACGCGCCACGUGCUGCGGCUAUCGACGUCACGGCUACGCACGAUAGGUGAAAGAGGUAGAGGGAGGGAGGGAGAGAGGAGGGGGGAAAGAACGCCGAUGGAUGGACGUCGACGAGGCUGCCUUUCAUUAGCAAGAAACACGUUCGAUUCAGCGCCGAUCAUGCGGUACCUGCUGAUGUUCCAGAUACUAAUCGCCGCGGUGCAGCCCAACCUCGAAGCCCGCCAACGUGCGCCCAACGUCAGAGGUGUGUACACGCUGCGGCAACACAUACACGACCACGAGAUCGUGAUACCGCGGAAGGUGAAUCAUCAGGGCGACUUGAUCUCGAAUAAUGUAACGCAUCAUCAUCACGAGGACGGGCCAAUCGUUCAUUAUCGAUUGGCGGUGGCCGGUAACGAGUACCACAUCGAGCUGACUGCGGCCGACAACUUCAUCGGCGGCGCGAUGGUCGUGGAAAGGCACAAGCGGGACCUGCACGUUCGUAGCCCGGCGAAAAGUCACGGCAGUAAAUGUCAUUAUCGGGGAUUCAUUAAGGGCCAUCGGAAUUCCCGCGUCGCUCUGUCCGCCUGCGACGGUCUGGCGGGUAUGCUACGCGGCGAGCACGGCGAGUUCUGGCUGGAACCAGUCGCCGUGUCCCUGGAAGAAAAACGCGGCACGUCGGCGGACGAAACUGCGGCCGGGGACUUAGGCGCCGCCGGUGCCGGCGGCCGCUCGUCGGUCUAUCAGAGCCCGACGGCGGGCCGGCCUCACCUCGUCUUCCGCCGCUCGGUCGAGCAACGGCAGCAGCAGCUCAGGAUCGGCGCCGGCGGCCGCAGCAAGCGACGGCGCAAAAAGAAGAGGAGGCAGGAGAGAAACUGCGGCACCCGCGAACCGCGUCGAUUGACAGAGACGCGGCUCGAGUGGCAGGCUCAACCGGGCCUGGUCCAAGUUCAAGGCCGCGGACGGAGGAAACAUCAGGCGAAGCCACCGGGAAGGUGGCACCGUUCCAAGAGAUCGAUCAGCACGCCGCGUCAUGUCGAGGCCCUCGUCGUCGCCGACAGGACGAUGAUGCUGUUUCAUCAGGACGGCGACGUCGAGACUUAUCUGCUGACCAUUAUGAACAUGGUGUCCUCGCUGUACCUCGACCCCACCAUCGGCAAUUUCAUCAACAUCGUCGUCGUCAGGAUCAUUCUCAUCGAGGACAAGGAAGUGGAGAAAGAGCUCAAUGUCUCCGACAGCGCGGACGACACCCUGUACCAUUUCUGCAAGUGGCAGCAGGAGCUCAAUCCCGGCGACGAUUCGCACCCGAAUCACCACGACGUGGCGAUCCUCGUGACGAGGAAGGACAUUUGCUCGCGCAAGAGUGUCUGCAGCACCUUGGGAGUGGCGCAUGUAGCCGGCAUGUGCCAGCCGGAUCGCAGCUGCAGCGUCAAUGAGGACAAUGGGAUCACGUUGGCGCACACAAUCACGCAUGAAUUAGGACAUAAUUUCGGCAUGUACCACGACACGGAAAAAAUCGGCUGCAGCAAGCGCGACGGCGACACCUUGCACGUGAUGACGCCUUCCUUCGAGGUGGACGCUGUCGGGGUGGCCUGGUCCAGAUGUUCCAGGAGAGACAUCACCAACUUUUUGGACCAAGGCAAAGGCGACUGUCUGGAGGAUGAGCCGGCGGACAAUGAUUACGCGUAUCCGGAUUUACCACCCGGCGCGAUGUACAACGCCGAGCACCAGUGCAGACUGCAAUUCGGCGUGAAGGAGGCCGCCGUCUGCACUCCGUUGCAGGAGAUAUGCUCGAAACUCUGGUGCAUCGUGGACGGCACCUGCAGCACUAUGCUGCAUCCGGCAGCCCCGGGCACGCAUUGCGGAAAACACAUGUGGUGUCAGAAUCAAGAAUGCGUGCCCGUCGUCGAUCGACCGCAGCACAUCGACGGCGGCUGGGGCGAGUGGGGAUCCUGGAGCGAGUGCUCGAGAACUUGCGGCGCCGGUGUCUCGAUAGUCGAGAGGAAAUGCGACCAUCCGGAGCCGGCGCACGGCGGAAAGUUCUGCAUAGGCGAGAGACGCCGCUACAAGAUCUGCAACACGCAGCCCUGCCCGGAAGGCGAGCCGAGUUUCCGCGCGGUGCAGUGCAGCAACUACGACGACAAAGAGUACAAGGGAAAGAACUACACCUGGCUGCCGUAUUUCGACCAGAUGGAGCCUUGCGAGCUCUAUUGCACCGAUACGGACGAAAGCGUGAUCGUACCCUGGGGAGAGGCUGCUCUCGACGGUACCCCGUGCAACGUCGGCGCCAGAGACAUGUGCAUCGCCGGCAUAUGCAGGAAGGUCGGUUGCGAUUGGACGGUGGAUUCCGACGCUACGGAGGACCGCUGCGGUAUCUGCCACGGCGAUGGUACUCAAUGCGAGACCACCAGCGGCUUUUACAACAAGAGUGAAGGUUUGGGCUACAAAGAAGUCGUCGUGAUCCCGGCUGGCUCGCGAAACAUCAAGAUCGAGGAGACCAGUCAGAGCACGAAUUACAUCGGCAUCGGGGUGCCGAAUUCCGACAAGUACUUCCUGAACGGAAAACGGCAGAUCACUUUAGCGGGCGAGUACGAGGUCGCCGGAACGCCAGCGUUGUAUGAACGUGAACAAGAUAAAGAGAAGAUCCGAAUCCCGGGGCCUAUCAAGGAGGCCAUCACGGUCUACGCAAUUACCCGAAGUCCCUCUAGCGGUAACGAGGUGCAUUAUGAGUACACGGUGCCGAAGAAAGAGCCCGUUCGUGCGCCGGAAUACUCGUGGGUAUUCUCCGACUGGAACCUCUGCACGGUCACUUGCGGCAAAGGUACUCAAACUUCACAGCCGGUCUGUCACGAAAAAAAGAGCGGCAUCGUCGAGAACCACUUCUGCGACGGCAUAGAAAAGCCGCAGCCACAGUCGCGCGAAUGCAAUCUGAAUUCGUGUCCCACGAGAUGGUGGGUGGGCCCGUGGCAGAUGUGCCCCGUUACGUGCGGCAAGAGCGCGCUGCGCAAGAGAUCGGUCAUGUGCGUGGUAUCCGGCAUGGACCGGGCGGACCUGGCCGUACCCGACCGCGACUGCAAGAAGGACGAGCGGCCGAAGGAAGUCGAGCCGUGUCCCAAUCUGCCGCCGUGCGGGUUCACCACGGAGGUGCCGCUGAUCGUGUACGCCGACAACAAGGACACGUCGUUCUAUAACAUCAGCGAGCAGGACGGCAUGACGAUCGUCAACGGCCUGACCACCGAUGAGCCGGAGAUCCUCGAGUUCGACAACGUCGUCGACGAGAACCCGGACAACUCCAUGUACAACACCAAGCCGAAGUGGACGGUGUCGAGAUGGAGUCACUGUUCGAGCGGCAAGAGGAGCCGGAAAGUCACCUGCUCCGUGCCGGGCGAUUGUAAUCCGGAUAACAAGCCGAGCAGCGUCGAGGACUGUCGCAGCGGGAAAUGGAUCACCGGAAAUUGGGGAACUUGCAACGCGACUUGCCUCGCAAAAUCGGGAGUUAAACACAGGGAGGUGCAGUGUCGCGAUCGAGCGACGAACUUGCUGUCCGACGAUUGCAAUCCCGACAAGAGACCGUUCGACACGAAGCGCUGUUAUUAUCGGCGGCAAUGUUACGAGAAGAAUGAUUGCAAGAAUGGCGUACCCUCGCCGUCCCUGUGUGCGAGCUACAGACGCAUGUGUGAAGCAUCGUCGAUCGUGAAAGAAAACUGUUGCGUCACGUGUAUGAAACGACGGCGACACGUCCGUCACAAUAAGCGUCACAUACCUGCCGAGUGACGAAAUAGGGGGGGGGGAGGG